AUGAAUGAAAUUCGAAAAAUGAAAAGAGAAGAGAUUUGUCAAGAAUUAUUGAAAUCAGUGGAAAAAACACAACUAAGAGAUUUGUUAAUCAAUGAGAAAUUGAGUUUCACUCCGGCUGUUCCAAUAAUACCAUUGGAAAUAAAACAAGCAAACAAUACUACUGAUAAUAUGUUUAUUCAUCUUGAAAUUGAUCAAUUAAUGAUUGGCACGGCUUUAAAUGAAUCCCUUGAAUCCAUUGAACAUAAUGCUGGCGGUCAAUUCAAACAAUCAAUUUUAAAGAAUAAUUAUCAUUCAAUAGAAUCAAUGUCAGUAUUCUAUGGAAUCCUUUCAUGGUUUAUCCAGUUAUCAGUAUAUGGUGUUGAAAUUGACUAUUUUCAAACAGCAAUUACGCUUAAGACAAUAGGUUUAAUACAAACAGCUUCGUUGGGUUGUGAAGGAGCAAAUCAAUUAGAAAAACCAAGAAUAAAAUGUCUUCUGCAAGCUAAUUUAUGUCAUUUAAAGGAUAAUAAAGUUUCUUUGGAUGAUCUAAAGUCAAUUAUCAGUAGAAAAUGUUCAGAACAGAUAAAUCAAUGGAAAGACUAUAAUAACUGGAUAUAUAAUCCUGAGGGAAUUCGUCUACCAAAGUUAAAUGUUCCAAUCUCACUGAAUAUUUUCAAUAUUCAAUUCAAUCUUUCUAAUUUUUGGUUUCAAACACAACAUCAAACACAGCCUAAUUCUUAUAUUGGUAAAAUCCAACAUGACAACACUAUAUGGAACACUGAGCCUAAAAAAGAUCAAGAUACUGAUGAAAAUAAUAUUUUCAAUAAUGAGUAUGAACAGUGGAUUAGAAAUAUUCACCACCUAUUAAAACAAAACUACUGCUGCUUUAAAUCCCAUUCAAUAUAUGCAUCGAACAUUGAAGAGUAUUGUACAACUAUCACUGAAAUCAAUCUGUCACAGUUACAGCUAAAUAUUAUUGGACAAUUUGUCUAUAGUUUAUUGAUUAGUUUCCAUUUAAGAAAUUUAUACACUUCAGGUAUUCGUAUAGCUUGGUUAUCUUCUAAAAAUAGAAAUAAUAAUGAUUCUAAUGAAGGUGAUAACAAUUUAAAACCUUACUUAGUCUUAGCUAUUCGUGGAAUUGAAUCACACACUGAAAUCCAACAUAUUUUAAACUGGUUUACAAGCAAAAAAUCAAUACUCUUAUCUACAAGUGUACAAGUAUAUGGCAGUUGUUAUGAAGAUGUGAAUAAGGAACAUAUUAUUCAUUGGUUUGGUCCUCGUCUUACUCACCCAUCUACUCUGAAUUACAUUAAAACAUUUAAAGAUAACUUAUCAAUAUUGAAUAACAAUCAAAAUGAACAUUGGGUUAUUGAAUACCAGGCGACUAGCCUAUUUUUAUUAUUAUCUUCACAAUGUUAUCAGUUAAUACCAAAAUUGAUUGAAUUAUUAACGUUAAAUUAUGGUUAUAAAUUAGUUGAUUUAAAGUAUUGGAAUUCUGUUCAAUGUUCCAAUGAUGUAAAUUUACAUGAUUUGAAACGAUAUUUCAAUGAUUUAAUUAUUAGUCAACAAUUUCUGUGGAUAAAUCAGUUUAAAUUAAAUACUACUACUACCACUGCUACUUCUACUGGUGAAAUUAGUAGUCAGUUAAUUUGUAAAAAUUAUUAUUUGAUAAUUAUUAAACAUGAAAAUGCUUUACAACAUUUGCAGUGUUUAAAAGAACAAAUAAAGGUAUUUAUUCAUAGGCAAAAUUCAAUUAUUCACAGUUUAAAGGAUAAUCCUGAAACUGUCUUCAUUCACCUACAGUUUCUUGAUUCACAAACUGUUAAUAUCUUUACGCUGAAUAAUUUGAAUUACCUACCUAUAAGUAAUACUGAAGAGAAUGUAACAAGUCAAGGUCAACUAAACUUAUCAACCAAUAAGAAUCCAGCCUAUCCAGAUUGUGAAUCCCUUAGUUUUAUAUUGUGUAUACCAUGUUUAAAUGUUGUGCCACAAAAUGAAACUGGUCACCAUAGUAAUGAAAUAAACAAAUCAUUACAUCCUAUUCUUCAUUUCACUAAUCUUCUUCAAUAUCUUAUUGAUUUCAAUGAAACUAAUCAAUCUUCUAUUAAUAUUAUUUCAAUGAAAUGGAUAAGUCUGCGCCAGCUUAAUGAUAUCCAUCGAAAAUUGAUUAAUGAUUUGUUGUAUUUGAAUAAUACGCAUAAAAGUGUACAGCAAUGUUUAAAUUUAUUCGAUGCAUUAUCUUUAAAUCAACAUAAUAGCAGUGAUGACCAAUGUUCAGUUGGUUGUGUUUUAAUUCACGGUGAAAAUUUGUUACAUUGCUUAACUAAAUGGUUUAAUUCAAAUCAAAUUUAUUUUACUUUGGAUUUAUCAAGUGUUAAAAAGUUAUCUGAGAUAUUUUUCAAUUCAACUGAACUUUGUACAUAUUUUGAUUAUACCACAAGAUGUCAAAUAAACAAUGAGCUAUCCACUUUACCUGAUAAGGAUCAAUUUGAACAUGUUUGGAAUGAAAUAAUGAAUUCUUUAAUGAAUCUUAAAUGGUGUUUAAAAGAAUGCUGUCUUCAAAUAAACUAUCAUCAUCACUCCGAGAAGUUUAUAUCCCCAUCGGACUGGUUGAAAAAUUUAUGUCAAAUAUUAAAAAUUUUGUUGAGUGAAGGUUUUAACAUAACUAACUUGUAUACAACAAAAACUAAUGAGGCUUGUCUAUCAGUUAGUCGUGUCAAUGCUGUUAAUCGAUUACGUCAAAUGAAUUGGAUAACAGAUGAAAUAUUAUCUAUGCAUAAAACACCAUUACAGUUGUUAAAAGAAUUAAUUCAUAUUCAACGUUCAAAACUACAACAAUCUGAUGAAUUUCAUCUCUCUGAAAUUCCAUUAAAUGAUGAAGCUGUACAAAGUGAACUGGCUAAAUUUCAUGAAAGAUUAAGUCAAUUAAUUCAAGACAAUAUUGAUUCAAUCAAGCAAUUCAAUGAAAAUACAACAAUUGAGAUUUACAAUGAUCUUACAGAUACCUGGUCAACUGUGAAAUCUAAUCAAAUGAACUUAAUUAUUAUCCGUUAUGAUGAAUAUAACACCACUGGGGAGGCUAUCAGUUCGACAGAUGACAAUAUCAGAAGAAAUAAACACCAGAUUCUUUUGAAUAUAUUGAAUAAAAUAAGAAAACAUGAAUUCAAUCUAGCUGCUUUGUAUUUGGGUUACGUUGACAAAGUACAUAUGAGUCUAUUUGAUAAAGUCCAGUUGAAAAACUGUCAAAAUGAUAAGCCUAUUGACCAGCUGGUACCAAUUCAAUCAUUUCUACUGCCAAUAUGUCGAAUUACAAACGAAUAA